UACAACGUCAAGCCGCAAUUUGGCAUCAUUUCCAUCUUCUUUGCUCAAAUUCACGAUGCGUAGAGUAGCCACUUGGUUGGCCCUGAGCCAGCAAGUUCUUGCUUCUUCGGCUACACCUACUGUCAAUCUUGCAGGAUAUGGCUCGUUCCGCGGACUCGCAGUCAAUGCAUCUUUGACGAACGACACGCUGCCAGCUCCUGUUGAUGCUUGGCUUGGCAUUGACUAUGCUGAGCAGCCAGUGGGCGAGCGACGAUUCACUCCCGUCGAGUCCAGGCCAGCGGCAUUCAAUGGCACACGAGCCGCUACGACAUAUGGAAAGAUCUGCGUGCAAGACCCGGCAGGACUGCCAUAUGAGCAAGACGAAGCAUGUCUGAGCUUCAACGUCUUCCGUACAGCAGGUGUUCCGCUUGAGAAGAAACUUCCGACCUUGGUCUGGAUUCACGGUGGUGGCUUUGUUCAAGGCUCUGCUCGAAGUCUCGAUGGCGCUUCUUUUGCUGCUGCAUCUAAGGAACCUAUCGUGGUUGUGACAUUCCAGUACCGACUCAGCGCUCUUGGCUUUCUCCCAUCUGCGCUGUUCGAGGAAGAAGGACUUUUAAACCUUGGCCUGCGAGACCAGCACUACUUCUUGGAAUUUUUGCAAGACCACCUCAGCUCUUUCGGUGGCGAUCCAAAACAAAUUACUCUUGGUGGCCGCUCUGCUGGAGGCCAUUCAACUGGUAUUCACUACUUCCACAACUACGGCAGUGACACUGGAAAGCCACUCUUUGCUCGUGUCAUUCAUCAAUCUGGCGCCGUCACCGCUCGAGCUUUCCCCGACUCCAGCUUCCCACAAUACCAAUCAGACUUCAAGCGUUUUAUGGGAGCUCUCAACUGCUCGACCAACUCCAGCAAUACCGAGGCUUUGAAGUGUCUCCGCUCCGCACCGAUCGACAUCAUUCGAUCCGAGAGCUCUCAGAUGUACACCGAUGGCGCACACAACAUUAGCUGGCCUUUCCAGCCCACUCUCGGCGGUCCACUCCUCGAGAAACCUGGAUCAGUCUCUGCUCGCGAUGGCACAUUCUUCCAUGUGCCAGCAAUCACCUCUCACGUCACCAAUGAGGGCAAAUACUAUACACCAGGGGAUCUGGAGACCAACACAGAAUUCCUCGAUUUCAUGCGCCAAACAAGCCCCUUCCUCAACGAAACCGAUAUCUCGCUCAUCGAAGAUCUCUACCAAGACCCAAUCUCUUACCCGGAAACUUCUCCUUACACUAACUCGCCAAACUCAACACAAUACAAUCGUCUCUCCGAAGCCUGGUCGGAUUACGCUUACAUCUGCCCGAGCAGAGAGACGGCCGAAGUUGUUUCGAAUGCUGGCGUUCCGAUUUGGCGUUUGCAUUUCAACACGCCGGACACGCCUCUUGAAUAUGUUCCAUGGCGCGGGAUUCCGCACACUUCGGACACAAGAUAUACGUGGGCGUCGAAGAGGACGGCUUAUCCUGUGACGGGUGAUAUCUAUCAUGCGUACUUGGCAAGUUUCGUGACUACGGGGAACCCGAAUACUGCAAGGUGGCCUGGAACACCGAAGUGGCCAAUCUAUGAUGCUAGCAAGGGAGCGGAAGCGCUGCAGUUGUUGGUCAAUCCAGGAAAUAACACUGUUGUGGAGAAGGAUAGCUACCGCAGAGAGCAGUGCGAUUUCUGGAACAGUGAUGAGAGAGCUGGCAGACUUAACAAGUAAACUUGUCCAGGAACGAGAAUUGUCAAAUUGCUUUCAAGCUAUUCGAGAUACUUCUUUCCAGUCAGCUCAUCGAUCAGGUCAAACAUCGCAUUACCUCCCAUCCAACCUCCCUUGUGCGAUCCGGCAACACCUCUCGUGUAUUCCGCUUCCUCCUGCGAGAUCUUGACAGUCUCUGUACCACGCCCACUCGCAGCCGCAUCCGCGAGCAAAUUCACAUGACAGCAUUUGUCCAGCAUGUAGAACCAAUUGACAGCCUCUU